AUGCCCUCAAGACUUACCCUCCUCAUCCUCCUCACUGCUGCCAUAGCCCUCCUCCUCUCGCCCUCCCUCAUUAGCAUCUCCCACACAGUCUCCACAGAAAUCAAAGCAACGCCGACCUAUGUUCGCGACAAGUCCCUCGAAUACACCUUCGUCCGCGGGGCUCUCAUCCGCGGCAGCAUUCCCCUCGACGCCAUGAUUCUCAAACGCAACGAGCACACCUUUGGCCCCAUCCACGCACUUCGCAACGAAAUCCUCCAAAUCGAAAUCCCCGGUUCUGGAAUUCUCCGCCGUGCCAAAGUGCUUCGUAAUCGUGAGAAAGAUUUCGCGUACAGGGAAGAGUUGCAGUACGGGAUGUGGAUCUUGCAUACCAUCCGGUUUGUAGAGGUGGAGAAGAGGGUGACGAGGCUGGAGUAUGAGAAGAGGUGGAAGGGGAGUGCAAUGGCGUAUGGAUUGGGAAAGAUGGGGCUUCUGGAGAGUGCUGGGAGUGAGACGGUGGGGACAUUGGAGGGGUUGGGGAAGGAGAUUGAGGAGGCGUAUGCGGAGGAGAAGGAGAAGUGGGGGAAUUCGAGGUAUGAGUGA